UGUUAGAAAGUUGCUAUCCAAUCCAGAAGGCAAUAUCAAUUUCUGAAAAAAGGGAGCAACAAAAUGGAUAAUGGGGUUUUGAGUUGGAGCCCUUUUUCUCCCCCUUAAACCCUUCAAAUCUUCAAACAAUAAAUAAGAAAGAAUGCCCCAGAUUGCAAACCUUCGCCUCCUUCUCUCCUCCGCCAACUACCAUCAUCGCCAUCCCUUCUCCGCCGCCCCAAUUUUCUUCCGUAAAAAUCGCACUUUUUCCUCUUCCUUUGCUUUCUCCCUCAAACCCCCACUCCCAUUUGCCGCUUUUUCGGCUUACUCCAAGAAACCGCAUAGCACGGGUAACAAUAACAAGAAUUCCCGUUCUUUUAAUCGGAACACAAGUACUUCUAGAGAGACUUCGAAGAAGAAGGAUAAAAGUAGUGAUAAAGGCGGUUUCUUGGCGAUGGAAGAAAGGGACGCAGGUACAAAAGGUGCAACUGAGGUUUUUGGAUUUAAUAGAAAGAGGGCUGAGGGUAGAGAUGAGAGUGAUAGGCCCAAAAAGAAUUUGCAGCUUAAAGUUCGAAAGCUGAAUCCUGCUAAUACAAUUUCCUAUGUUCAGAUUCUUGGGACUGGUAUGGACACUCAAGAUACAUCACCAUCAGUGCUGCUGUUUUUUGACAAGCAAAGAUUUAUAUUUAAUGCUGGAGAAGGACUGCAACGCUUUUGCAGUGAGCACAAAAUCAAAUUAUCGAAGAUUGAUCACAUAUUCCUCUCACGUGUCUGCUCAGAAACUGCUGGUGGACUUCCAGGUCUCUUAUUGACUCUGGCUGGCAUGGGGGAUGAAGGAAUGUCUGUCAAUGUAUGGGGUCCCUCGGAUUUUAAAUAUUUAGUUGAUGCUAUGAAAUCUUUCAUCCCUAAUGCUGCCAUGGUUCAUACGCGUAGUUUUGGUCCAAUGCUUGGUCCAAAUGGAUCUUCCAGUAACAUGUCAAGGAAGUUUGAUGAUCCUUUUGUUCUUAUUGAUGAUGAAGUGGUCAAAAUUUCAGCUGUACUCUUAAGACCAAGAUGUAUAGAAGUUUCUGACUCGAUGAAGGAAAGAUCUUAUGAGUUGAGUUCUCCAGAAUUUGGUGUGAACUCGACUAAGCCUGGUGAUGUUUCUGUUAUUUAUAUAUGUGAAUUGCCUGAAAUUAAGGGAAAAUUUGACCCCAAAAAAGCUGCUGCUCUUGGAUUAAGACCUGGCCCAAAGUAUCGUGAAUUGCAACUUGGAAAUUCUGUUAAGUCAGAUCGUGAAAAUAUCAUGGUACACCCAAGUGAUGUGCUUGGUCCUUCUGUUCCUGGUCCUAUUGUACUGCUGGUCGACUGCCCAACGUCAUCACAUUUGCAGGAUUUAUUGUCUCUACAAUGUCUUACCCCUUAUUAUGUAGAUACUGCUUAUGACGUAGCAGAAGGUUCCAAAAUUGUGAAUUGUGUGAUUCACCUAAGUCCCUCAUUCGUCACAAAGACAGAUGAUUACCAAACGUGGAUGUCAAAAUUUGGAGCCGCUCAACAUAUUAUGGCAGGGCAUGAAAUGAAAAAUGUCGAGGUUCCAAUUUUAAAAGCAAGUGCUAGAAUUGCAGCACGUCUUAACUAUCUGUGUCCUCAAUUUUUUCCAUCUCCUGGUUUUUGGUCUCUGCAGAACCUGAACGUGUCAUCUGAAGCAAUAGCAUUUGAUAAGAGUCUCUUGCCAACAACCAGAGAAUCAAUUCCAGCAGAGAAUCUUCUCAAGUUCCAUCUGCGCCCGUAUGCAAAUCUUGGACUUGACAAAUCGGGUAUACCAAAUUUAUCAUCUCCUUCAGAGAUCAUUGAAGAGCUACUAUCUGAGAUUCCUGAGAUUGGAGAUGCUUCUCAACAAGUAACCCAGUUCUGGUUGGAUAACCGAGAUACUUGUGCAGAGAAAGCAUCGAUGGAUGCUGAAACAGUUAUAACUGAGGAGCCAUGGUUGCAUGAAUGUACACUUCCUAGCUGUCUUGAAAAUAUAACUAGAGAAGAAAUGGAGAUUGUUCUUCUGGGCACUGGUUCCUCUCAGCCCUCGAAGUAUCGAAAUGUUAGUUCCAUUUUUAUCAAUUUAUUUUCAAAGGGAAGUAUACUUUUAGAUUGUGGCGAAGGAACUCUGGGACAGCUAAAAAGAAGAUUUGGUGUCCAGGGUGCUGAUGAAGCUGUAAGAGGUUUAAAAUGUAUCUGGAUUUCACAUAUACAUGCUGAUCAUCAUACGGGCCUGGUCAGAAUCCUGGCUCUGCGACGGGAUUUAUUGAAAGGAGUACUACAUGAACCUAUCAUCAUUGUCGGCCCUAGGCAGCUCAAGAGGUUUCUCGAUGCCUACCAGAGACUUGAGGAUCUAGAUAUGCAGUUUCUAGAUUGUUGGCAUACAACAGAAGCUUCGCUUGAGGCUUUAGGAUCAAAGGAAGACAACGCCGUGCAAGAAAGUCCUGCGCACUCUCAGGGCAGUAAGAAUGGAAGCACAGUUGGGUUAGUCGGUGAAAAUGUUGAUUCUACUUUGUUUGCUAGAGGAAGCCGUAUGCAGAGUUUCUGGAAAAGGCCGGGAAGUCCUACUCAGAUUGCUGCUGCCAUUCCUAUCCUCAAGUCCUUGAAGAAGGUUCUUGCAGAAGCUGGAUUAGAAGCGUUGAUAAGUUUUCCUGUGGUGCAUUGCCCACAAGCAUUUGGUGUUGUAUUGCAAGCCUCAAAUAGGAUCAACAAAGUUGGAAAAACCAUACCUGGGUGGAAAAUCGUGUACUCAGGUGACACCAGGCCUUGCCCGGAACUUGUCAAGGCUUCUCGUGGUGCAACUGUUCUUAUUCACGAGGCGACUUUUGAAGAUAGCAUGGUGGAUGAGGCCAUUGCACGAAACCACAGCACAACCAAGGAAGCUGUGGAAGUAGGAGAUUCUGCUGGUGCAUAUCGCAUCAUCCUUACUCAUUUCAGCCAACGAUACCCCAAGAUUCCGGUGUUUGACGAAACUCACAUGCAUAAAACUUGCAUUGCUUUUGAUAUGAUGAGUGUAAACUUGGCAGAUAUACAUGUUCUUCCAAAGGUGCUGCCGUAUUUAAAACUCUUGUUUAGAGAUGAAAUGGUUGUUGAUGAAUCCGAGGAUGUGAAUUUGGAUACUGCACUUGCCUAAUUUAAAAUCUUUUAAGGCGGAUAUAUAUGACUUUAUUCUUGGUUUUGAGCA